GUAAUCCCUAUAUAAGAUAAUGCUUAUCCCAUUUCUUUCCAGCUCAUUUGUAUUGGGAUGGUUGGCUCCAUCAUAUGAUUUCCUAUCCAUAUCAUCUGCACCACUGGUGGUUGUAGAUAACAUCAAUGAUAAUGAUCAAACUACUUUUAAUUCUCCCAAGUCAAUUCGACCUCUCGUCAUUUGGCAUGGUCUUGGUGACAACUACAAUUCAAGUUCUCAAAAUAGAGUCAUAUCCUUGAUCCAGGAAGUGCAUCCAACCAUUUUCAUUCAUUCAGCCUAUGCCGAUAUAGAUCCUGAAACUGAUGAGAAACUCUCUUUAUUUGGAGAUGCAAAUUUACAAAUUGAACUGGUUUGUUCAGAACUUCAAUCAAUCCCACAGUUACAAAAUGGGUUUGAUGCUAUAGGCUUUUCACAAGGUGGUCUUCUACUUCGUGGUCUUGUGGAAAGAUGUCCCUCAUUGGCAAUUAAUAACUUAAUUACCUUUGGUUCGCCACAUAUGGGAGUUAGUGAUCUCCCAUUAUGUUCAAACCCAAAAGAUUGGGUGUGUAAAAGAAGGAAUGCUAUACUCAAGUCACAAGUUUGGCUUGAUAGGAUCCAGCGUAGUAUACUCCCAGCGCUGUAUUUCCGUGAUCCUGUGCAAUAUGACAAAUAUAUAUUUCAUUCACAUUUCCUUGCUGAUGUUAAUAAUGAAUUGGUUGACACAUUCAAUGGGAGCUAUUCAGAAAAUCUUGUUAAAAUCAAUAAGCUUGUGUUGAUAAAGUUCAAUCAAGAUACUACACUUGUUCCUAAGGAUAGCGCUUGGUUUGCUGACGUUGAUAGUGUCACGGGUGAUAUUAUUCCGCUUGAUGAAACUUUAUUGUAUUCACAAGAUUUGAUUGGUCUUAAGGAAUUACAUCUUCAAAACAAGAUAGUAUUUCAAGAGAUUAAUGAAGAUCAUAUGGUGAUAUCAAAUGAAUUUUUGCUCAAAACAGUUCGAGAAUUUACUGGGGGGGUUGUAUGAAGAAAAUAUGUAUACAUAUAUAUAUUAUAAUAUAUCGGUAUAUAUACUUGAAC